AACGCUAGUCAAAAUGGUGUCGCACAUCGCACGGCCAUUUAAUCGGCGUCCCAGCGACGAUCGACGCGUUCAAUCGGUCCACCGUGAAAGAUAAUCUCUCCGUUGAAUUAUUCUACCAAUUCCACAUCGCAUCUCAUCGACGACACGACGUGGUCGCGUCGACCGGAAGUCGCGGUAUCUUUCCCCCUCCCCUUCUAUCCCCUCGCCAACCCCCGGCGAGCGAUGCGCUCGCGUUCAGUUCUGUUUCAGUUCCAGUUCCGUUUUUGUCCCCGGUUUUUCUCGUUCAUCGUUUUUCGUAUUUUUCGUGUUCCGUUUUACUCAAACACUACAAAUUUUCAUCAGCCGCACGACGUCGCCAGCGAAUGUCGCCGCGGGAUCGCCGGGUCGCGGAUUAUCGUGUUUCCAGAUUCCGAGUGCGCAAAGACGUCGACGCGGCCUAGUUGAGCUUCGUGUGCGACGGAAACGUGACGACGCGAUUGGCUUUACCCACUGUCGAUAAUAAAGUGCGGGCGCAAGUCUCUGCGAGGUUCCGCGAAUUCAGAGUACGCGGCGCUGCGCCACCGAUCGCCAUCUUGUAAGAGCUGCCUGCCCCGUAGUGUUUGGAGGUUUACUGCGAGACGGGAAGGCAGCUUCUCCGCCGGAGGCUGGAAGUGCUGCUGAAGUGGUCGGUGCUACGGUCCUUGGCAGUCCCUGGGCGUCCAGGUGACUGUCGCGCGAGGCCAGGGUACCAUCGAGCCGCCGGGACAGCCGCCAGCGGAUCCUCCAGCGCGUCCGAAUCCGUCGAAAGAUGAGCUCGGCUUCGACCGGUGGUACGGAGGGGUCUAGUCCUGCCUCUAGCCCUGCCUCGGCCGCGAGUCUUACGAUGGCUGCGCCAAAAUACGGUACGCUGGUACCGAACCGUAUUUUCGUAGGUGGCAUUUCGGCCAGUACCAGCGAAGCGGAGCUAGCUCAGGUUUUCUCGGCCUAUGGCAAUGUCAAGGCCACGAAAAUUAUAUCGGACCGCGCUGGCGUGUCAAAGGGUUAUGGUUUCGUCACCUUCGAAACUGAAGAGGAGGCUAAGCGGCUUCAACAAGAGGCUGAAUGCAUUGUCUUGAGAGAGAGGAAACUCAACAUAGCGCCCGCAAUCAAGAAGCAGCCCUUCUCCAGAUCUUUUGACGGUAGUACCGGUUCGCCUCCUUCCGUGCCUACAAGUACUUACUACUACGCGAACGGUAUGGGUCUCGCUUAUCAGAAUGGUAUGACAUUCUAUAACACGGCAGCUGCCGCACCAGCGACUUCCAUCGCUCCACCUACGGAUCCAGGAACGAUUUAUCAAGCUACAGGAGUGUUUGGGCCUCAAGCCGCUACUGGACAUCAAACGUUUGCUCCUGUGAUGUAUCCAUGUCCGGCCCCAUCAUUGUAUAUGCCACAACAAUAUCAAUAUUCUCCUAUGCCGUACGAACCGUACUACGCAGGAGCGGCCGCCGGAGCACCUCAGUAUUUGUACGCUACUACUGGCAGUUCGCCAAGCAACACGAAUAGUGGUGGAGGUGGCAACAGUUCUGGCAGCAACAGCAAUAACGGUACAGGAGCUACCAGCCCGCCGACGGGCCCACCGCCACCUCUUCCACCACCGCAUCCAACGCACUUUUACGCUCCUGCCGCGCCUGCUCCACAUCAUCAUCCACCUGUACCAACGGGCCCUCCUCCCCCGGCGCAGGUGGAUCAUCUAUACUAUCCUUUUGCGGCUGGCCCGCAUCCCGCGCCGCCACCGCACGCACCUAUUGGACUGACCGAGCAGCAGCUGUUGUUGUACGCUACGGACGCUACUUCGUGUCAGCAAACCUCUGCGUCUGAUAGUCAGGCUCCACAAGAGGAUUCACGUCCGACGCCAAGCCACUCGGAGCAACCGCACAGCGAAGUGCAACAGGCUGCUUCAGGCUCACCGGCAACACCUCUGCUGCCCCUAAUGCCCGUCAAAUUCCCUAUGUCCGGUCGUUACCACACUAAUUACCAUCCGAUCACGAUACACACGCCGCACAGCGCGCAAAACGACAGCGAGGACUGCACUACCAGUCCGAUGCACUGUCGCAUCCUCUACCACCCAACCGUAUACAUUCCGCACACACACCCGCCACCACCAUACACACAUCAUAACGCGUCUGGUACCGCUAGUCUUCUGCCGACACCGUUCUCGCCCUUGCCGCAUCAGUCCGGUUACGACAACAGCAACGCGAAGACGUACGGUCACAAUUCCAGAGAUUGCAAUAAGUACUCGAGCGGUCAGGGUAACAAUUUACGCGGCCAGGGGGGUCAGAAUCAUGGAUAUCCGUUGGCACACCACAAUACACACGGCAAAUCGCAGAACACAUAUGGCGGUACACAGUCAUAUAAUAAAUGUAGCGGAAACGCAGCGGACGGGUCGCACAAAUAUCCGACAAUAGCGGUGUCGUCGCGAUUGCCGGUACAGUACAAUAGGAGAACGGCUGGAUCGAACGUGGGCUCGUCGGCGAUCCUCAGGUCCGGCGGCGGCUACGCUUCGAAUCAGGUUGCGCACAAGGUCAAUCACGCUACGUCCAACUACUCGUAUUCGACGAACGGACGCGCGAGGCACUGUGGUGACGAUCAGUAUUACGAGAUCAACAAAUCGUCGAUGACCGGUGGUUAUGGCUCGGGUCGUAAGAAUUGCCUCUCGAGUAACAACAAUAACAACAAUUACCGAGGAAGCGCCGCCCGAUUGGACGUACACGGAAACGACAACGGUCGGCCUAAUAACGACACGGUUCAGACCGACAGCGUCGUCGUCACGAGCACAUCGACGACGCUGUCAUCUCGCCUGUCUCCAUCCGAGCGGAUAAACGCGGACGCGUCCAACACUCAGGAGAAACCGGCGAGCCCACCGCCAGCUCCGUACUCACCCAUGACACGGCCUCUUCCAACUCUCUCCCCGCCCACUCUUCAGGUCCAGUUUUAUGCUCCGGCUCAGAACCGUUAUCAGCCAUCUUCCAUGCCCCUGUCUCAAACACAACAGCAGCAGCAACAACAGCAGUCCGCCGGCAAUCAACGCAGCCGGUACUCCGUCGGCCAGGCGCUAUCGUCCACCAACCGGAAGCCGUCCGACAAAUAUUCAAGCACCACCGGCUCGCAGACGAUGCUGCGACAAUCCAAGUAUAAGAUGAACGGUAUAAUGCAGACUACGGCCACAGCGGUGGCGGGUAAACUCGCCGACGAUGCUCUAGGAGGCGCCGGCGACGGUCCUGGAAGGUUACCGAUAACGCCACCCGGUACGCCGCGGACGGCUGGCCAUCCGGCAGCUGGUGAUCAGCUGAGCGACACGUGCCAUCAGAUGCAGGCGCUGACUCUGUAGACGCUUCCUCCUUUCUUUGUUCUCUUUGCCCUCUUCGUAAUAAAAGUAAAUAUUUAUCUUAUAAAAGUCGAGAGAGACCACGCGCGACCUAAAACGACGACUACAAACUGAAAAACAGUACGGAAAUCAAGACGCGACAUAUAUACAUACAUAAAUACACACUCAUAAAUAUUUAUAUAUAUACAUAUAUAUAAAUAUAUACACAUGCUACGGUAUAAUUUCUCUGGUGAUCUCAGACUCGACAUGCUAAAGACAUUCUGUAGAAAUGAAAUCUUUCCCAGUUCGAUCAUCAUGGUUCGCUGCGAUCGGUUGAGCGGGAUCUAAAUGAAGGAUUAUCAUAUGAGUACGUGCAAAGAAUGAUAUAUUAUU